GGACGAGGAAGGAGCCUCCGCUGAUCGGGUCCCCUGUCCCCAGUGCUGCUGGUCACACCAAGGGAAUCCUUCAGCAAGAGGGAGCAGGGCAGGGGGCAUGAACCGCGAGGGGGCCCCCGGGAAGAGUCCGGAAGAGAUGUACGUUCAGCAGAAAGUGCGGGUCCUGCUCAUGCUGAGGAAGAUGGGCUCUAAUCUCACCCCUAGUGAGGAAGCAUUCCUGCGAUCGUAUGCUGGAGUGGUCACCAGCCAGCUCAGCCAGCUGCCCCAGCACUCCAUUGAUCAGGGUGCUGAGGAUGUGGUCAUGGCGUUCUCCAGAUCAGAGGCAGAAGACCGAAGGCAGUAACAAUGCAGCAGCCAUAUUCACUUCCUAGAGCACAGAUGGGCAAACCAGAGACACCACUCAAUCCUAGCGGGGAGGCCGCCAUAUAUCUGGA